UUUUUGUUCCUUCGGGCCGGCGCUGCCGCGCGGGAGCGCCCCGAUGGCGCCGGAGCGCGGCCCGCAGGGGCUGCCGCGGGCGUUCGUGCAGAGCCUGCGGCCGCUCUACGACAUCCUGGACGACCGGCGGCGCGGCUACGUGCACCUGCGGGAGAUCGAGUCGCGCUGGCUGCAGCCUGGCGGCGAAGCGGGGCAGCUGCCGCGGGGCGUCCUGGAGGGGCUGCGCCGGGCAGCCCCGGCCAGCGGCUACCUCACCUUCGAGCGCUUCGUGCUGGGGCUCAGGCUGUCGCUCCUCGGGCCCGAGCCGGGGGACUGCCUCGCGGAGGCCGCCGGCGGAAAGCUCGCGGGGCGACCACUCAACCCCGCCGCCGCCCCGCCUCCGAAAAGUUGCGCUCCCGCCGCGGAGAGGGGCGCUCGGCCGAGCGGCGGCGCCUCCCGGAGCCUGGAGCGGAGCGGCAGCGACGGGCAGGCGGAGCAGCAGCAGCCGGGCAAGCGGGCCGCAGGAGAGGCCGGCAGGAGCCGGAAGCCGAAUGAACAGCUAGAAAAUGAAGGGGCCCACAAGGAGGCCCGGAGGCAGCUGAGCAUCCGAGGGGAGCACAGGAGACACACCAUCACCAACGGAGUGGACUAUGAGAUGCUCAAGCAGAUGAAGGAGCUGGAGAAGGAAAGGGAUUUCUUGCUGCACGGCCUGGAGCUUGUGGAAGCAGCCCGGAAAUGGUACCGCCAGCAAAUCCAUCGCCUGCAGGAGCAGCAGAAGCUGCUGGGCCGAGGCAAGGGUCACCAGGACUUGCCUGCAGAGGGAACUCGAACUCAGCUCAACCACCUCUUCCCCCAAGUGCAGGAGCUGAAUCGGUGUCUCUGGCAGUUGCUGUCGCUCUCAGCGAAGCCUGCGAACUUGAGCCCCACCGCCCUGCACAGCCCGCCUGCUGCCUUCCCGGGCCCCUCCCCUUUUGCGGUGCCACAGCAGACCAUUGAGAUGUUGAAAGAGCAGAACAGGCUCCUCACCAAGGAGGUGACGGACAAAGGGCACCGGAUCACCCAGCUGGAGCAGGAGAAGUCGGCCCUCAUCAAGCAGCUCUUCGGGGCUCGCGCCCAAAGUUCCCAGGACGCCAGCCAGCUGGACUCCACGUUUAUUUAGCUGCUGGACACACAGCUGGCCUCUUGCCGGUGAAUUUUCCCCCUCAAAAAGAUGGGAAAUGGGGAAUCUCCCACUAGGAGGGCUGCAA